AUGGAAAACUUUAUUCCGGGGUUGACUCCUCAAGAUUUCUUCGAAGUAUAUAAAGUUCUCGUGAAGACAGAAUUGUUGGAAAAUAAAUCGUUGGUUUCUGGAAGUGAAAUUUUGGAAAGAUUUACACAAGAUUUGAUGAUUUGUAAUUUUCAUGAUACUCGCGCACAUUGGUAUGUAACGUGUUGUUGUUGUUGUCGACUUGUUGUUGUUGUUGUUGUUGUUGUUGUUGUUGUUGUUGUUGUUGUUGUUGUUGUUGUUGUUGUUGUUGUUGUUGUUGUUCUAAUUUGCUGUUGGUGCUGCUAAUAUUCUUGUUAUUGUUUUGUUGCUGUUACAAUUGUUGUUGUUGAUACUAUUGUUGAUGUUGUUUUUUUCCUGUUGUUGCUUUGAUUGUUGUUGUUGUUGUUCGCGUUUUAUGCGAACAGUGUAAUUACUCCAUUUUAGGUAUUACCGUUUUAAAUCCCCACGCAUUCUUUCAAAAUUACUGAUGUCCGAUGAAGGAGGAUGCAGUCAUCGAUACCCAGGGGUUGGGAACAUUGCCUACGUUAAAGAUCUUAUGACUAGAAAGAUGGCAACAACGACGUUUAAUUGCUCGCGAUUUGGAGCUUCAAUUGCACCUGGACUGGGAUGGGUAAUGUCACCCUAUCCUACUUUUAAUAGUAGCUUUGAUCCACAAGAUUUUAAUUUAUCUACCUUGCAGAGUACUUCAUUUUCCAUCAUUUUUAUUCCACCAGGAGAAAAUGAACAGAUGUUUCAAAGAAUCAUGCCCAAUUGGUUUUGCAUAUCUUCCUGGUUAUCAUAUCGACACAUCAGGCUCGUACAGGUAAUUAUUAUGUUAUGGUUUGAAUUAGAAAAUACAAACAUUUUCACAUACCGUCAUGCUGUUUUCCUUCAUGUAGCUACAGUGUCAUGUCGGCACGUUCAGGCAUACAGGACAGUCAAACAUCAUUCGUUGGAUGUGAUCAUGGAAAGGUAAAGUACAUCUAAAAUAUAAACGAGGAAACAUUUGAUUUGGGCGACAGAAUUGUAUUGGAUAUUGGCAAACGUUUGGUCCCUUGCCAUAUGAUUUGAAGUGAUUCAAUCUAAAUUGGUAAAUUAUCAACCUUAAUAAUUUCAAUUUGUGAGCAAGUAGCCCUAGACAAAAUUUUAUCAUUAGUCUCAGUUUUUAAAGUUUUAUAUCAAAUACAACAUUGCAUUCAGUCAGUUUAUUUACAGGCCAUUUGACUAGGCCUUGUCCGCCAUUUUUGGGUGUUACACCGGAGAAACCUUUUUCCAUGUCUCUUAGUGGUCCAUCAAAUAUUUCCCAAUUCAGCAAAAACCUAGCUAUAUAAUGCGAUGUUACGAUUUUACAGUGCUGUGCAUGUUUUGGUCCUGACAGUAAGCAGGAUUACUGCGCACCAAAAUGUCAAGCAAUCAAUGGGGGAACUGUUUUAAGAGAAAAGGACAAUAUCACAGUUUGGUUUUGGAUCCGUUCAUCUUUACCGAAACGUGUUUGGAAAAAAUGCAUGGAGUUUAAAGAAAAGAAUAGUGCUGGAAAAAUGAAAACAUGGCGUGUCGAGGAUGGAAUAAGGAGAAAGGUAUGGUAGAACGAAACUAGAAAUAUACAGGUAAGUAAGUAAGUAAGUGGGGUUGUGCCAGUGAGCUCCAUAUUUAUCUGGAGCAAGAACGUCAUUCAUUCAUGGCGGCCAUUGACGUCCAAUAGCUCUGAAGGUCGUAAACAGCUUUUAUACAAUCCCCCCCCUGCUAAUUCCAGUUUUUGGUCGAUGUCAAAAUACGAAAUUUCGGCACACUCCUUGCCCAAUCUCAUUCCCCGAGCCUGCGAUCCUCGGGAAGGAACGUGAGGCUCUGGGAUAAUCCGUUUCAGGGAGGAAUCUGAUUGGCCGUUGAUAUGGAAUGCGCAGUUCGGUCUUAGCCAGGAUUCCUGGCUUCCGGCAACGGAUUAUCCCAGAGCCUCACGUUCCUUUCCCAUGCAGGAUCGCAGGCUCGGGGAACGAGAUUGACUCCUUGCAUGCCACGAUGGCGGAAAUAGAAGGAGCUAUUGAACGUCAGUUCCAGUCCUUUUCUGUUGUUUUUAUCUGCGCGGUUAACGUUCUCGAGUUCUCGCUCGAGCAAAAAUAAGCAAAGCUGAAUUACGGACGCUGCUCAGCCUGGUCGAGUCGAAGGCUUUCUAAGGGCGCCUCUGGUAGUCUCAAGUCUGACAUUAGAGAGUUUGAGCAAGACAACGAAGUCGGACGACGACGACGUGGUUGACAAUUUUUGUCUGUCUUGCACAUUAUCUUGAACAUUCUGAGUUUAGGGUCAGGAGUGAAGACAGAUUAGACAUGCAUGUCUAGCUGUUUGUGAAUGCUGACCCAAAUCCUUACCCUGAUCAGGAUAAAACAGCGAGACAUGAAUCCAUAUCCCGUCUUCGUCUUCUGCCUUCGUUCACAACGAAUACUUUCGCAAAUUUCGUUGUGAAACUCGUUCUGCACGAAGGCAGAAGGACAAAGACGGGAUAUAGUUUCAUGUCUCGCUGUUUUUUUUCUGGAUCAGGGCAAGACUUAUGGUCAGUAUUCAUAAACAGCGACACAUGGGAAGAUACGUUGUGCAACCACCAGUGACGUCCAACUCGGUAUGCGCAAGAUAAUGGACAUACGGCAAAAAUUGUCAAGUAUGCCUUCGUCUUCGUACUUCGUUGUCUUGCUCAAACUCUCUAAUGGAGCACAGCUACGGUAGAAGGGUCAGUUUAGGUGGGCUUCUAUACGUUUUAAAAUACAGCUUAAGAAUUAAGACAAGGUAUAUAUUCAACAGACUGGUGCAAGAUCUGAAACAAAACCAUAUGAGGUUCCCCUUAUAAGACAUUUGUCUAUAUAAUUGUUCAUAUGUAUUACUUGUUUAGGGUCCAUGUUCAGUUCCUGAAGAUGUCACAAUUAAUGAUGGGGUAAGCUAAAAGUCAUUAAGUAAGUUUUUUAUGUAUUAUAUCAAAUUAUUUCCCCUGCUUAGCAGAAAAUCUGAGCCAAACUGCAUUUUCCCUGUGCUUAGAAUAAUUCUUCUUGUGGUAUCACAACAUCAAACAACAUCACGGCACGGUUUUGUUGAUUGUUACAGGUUGCAGUAGUCCCUAACAAUCAAUCAAUGAACAAACUUCCAAAGGUGGAAGGUCUUCUUUCCUAUCUUUCUGAUAAGAAGAAGCUGUAUAUCAAAGAAAAAUCUCAGUGGACAGCAUUGGCAAAUCAGAAAGAAGUACGUUUUACCUCCAGUUUUGCUGCGGAUAUUACUUUUCAAAAUGUAAAUGUAAAAUUUCCCUCCCCGCCUCAACUCCCGAUAUUUUAAAACUGCCAGCUGCGACAGACAGGCAUUUACUCGGCGUAUACUUGAUUUGUGGAAUAUAAUAGCUAAAAUACGACGAAGAAUACUGAGUCUUUUAACACACUGAAAAGACUGGAUGGCACAAUUGUUAUCAUAGUGUGCAAAGAGUUAUGCAUGCGAAGGGCUCAUUAGGAGAAAAAUGAAUUGCGACAACGCCUGAUGAGGAAGGGAGGAUCCAGCUUUUUCCACAAGAAUCGUGCAUUAGGUGAUGCAUGAAGUCGAAAGUACAGCCAGCUCGUUGGGAUCACCAAUUGGUCGGCGAUUGUAGGCGGUAAAUGAAAGUGUUAUUAUAUUAACCAAUAUAUCUACAGGAUAAUUACGCCUCGCAAUUAAUUAAGAAUUCACGUAAUCUUGUCUUUUUCAUAAAAAGAUUAAAGAUGUCAUUGGAAAGCUUGACAGUUUCAAGCAAGAAAUCGACAAUAAACUUACAAAGGUCAAUCGUAAAAGGUAAAAUGAGAGUUAAUUCUGUUCUUUACUUCGUUGUUUUUUGUUUAUGUUCAUGUAAAAUAAAAUAAAAUAAAAUUGAAAUAUUAAUAAGAAGAAUUUUAAUUUAAUAUAACUUAGAACAGGUUAUAACACAUUAGUUAUAACAACUUAAACUAGCUAAGAUUUGAAUCGUGACUUAGUAGAAUACAACUUAUGAAGAUGAUACUUGAAAAUACUUAAAGAAUUGGAGGAUUUGACAUAAGACGGUAGAGUGUUCCAUAGUUCAAUCGUUCUAAUGAAAAAAGAAUUUCUAAAAUAGUCCUGCUUGUGUUUAACUAUAAGAUUAUAGUUGUUUUUAUCAUAAUUUCUUAAUUGGUAUCCAGGUAUAUUGAGGUAUCCCCCCCCUGGUCAUCUCAAUAUAAAAUUCUAGCUCAUGUAACCUCACGUGCAGUUGGCUUUGAAACUUGUUGAUUUUACAGUGAUAAACAAUAAUUAGCGACUGGAAUGUUGUCGGCAAAUGCGAUACUAUACUUCCCGCUUCUUUACCCUCUUCGCUGAUUGUAGCCCAUAUAGACGCUUUGAAAUUUAUUGAAUUUGUAGUGAGAAAAAGAUAAACGAUGUGAGUGGGAAGCUUAACAAUUUUAAGCAAGAAAUCAACAAUAAACUUACGACGGUGACUAAAGGUAAUAAAGAAAAAUCAAUAUAAUAAAGAAUUAUGAAAAUUAUUAGCAAGUUUUAUUUAGAUGCUUUACCUUGCCCUAAUUUCGGUGUUUUAUUUUCUAUUCUCUAUUAGUUCAUUGGCUAAUACCACCAUUUUCCGUUUUAAAGAUGUUAAAGUGCUGACACACAAAUCAUGCAAACAAAUAUGGAUGAGCCAAAGGUAAAUGAGGGUACUUAAUGCAUGGUUUUCUUUACUUUGCCAUUGUUCUAUCUUUUUUUCAUGUUUGUGCAAACAUGGUGAAGCAAUUAUCAACUGGACCAGGUAUAACUUCAGCAUCGAAAUUGCUCAACCCGUUCUCAAUUAAUCGCACUCUUGGAUUUCAAAAGAUUUGUACAAGCUAGUCAUCUCAAAAUACAAAAAUCGUCGUCCAUUAUAGACGCUUUGAGUUUCCAGUGAGUUUUCUACAUAAGUUAUAUAAACCAAAAAUCAAAAUACAGAAUAUUUCGUUUAUCUUACAGCAACAAAGGAAGUGGUGUUUACCAAAUCAGUGUUGGAAACAAUCAAGUUAUCAACGUGUACUGUCAAAUGACGUCAGUCUCAAGUUGCUAUGGCGGUGGUUGGACAAUGGUGAUGAAAAUUGACGGACGCUUGGUAAGUCAAAACGAGGCUCUAUAGCCAAGAGGACGUAUUCUCCAGAAGGGUGUAAAGGAUGAGGUUGAGAUUAAAUGUAACUUUGGGAUUGGGGUCAUGUUUAGGAAUAAGGUCAGGCUGAGGAAUUAGAUCAAGGAUUAGGCUGAGAUGAAGGAUCAAAGUCAAUCUGACUAAACUAUAGUAUUUGUUUUUAUAGAGUACUUUCAAAUACAGUUCCUCUUAUUGGACGAGCAGAAGCACUUACGGUGACCAUGGCUAUUGGCGAAACCGCGGUUUAGACAAUCAACAAUAUAAAGGAUCGAGUUACUGGCGAACCUCAUUUAAAGAAAUUUGUGUUGGCAUGAAAUAUGGUGGUCGUUUAAGAGCGAUCUCUUUCUCGUACCCGGCAUCAUCUCUGUAUAAUCUGAUCGCAGACGAAAAAUAUCGACAAACUCGCGUUGGUCGCGCGCAGUGGAAAUCAUUUAUCAGUGGGUCAUCCUUACAGAGUAACUGCAACCAAGAGCGAUUUAACGUGGAACGAUCAUCAAAGUACCCAAUUGUAAAAGUUCGGUUGGGCAUUAUUGCAAACCAAGAAAAUGAUUGUAAUACACCAGACUCUUUCGUAGGCCUGGGAGCUGGAGGUGGUCUGAAUUAUCCCAAGAGCUGGUGCGGGUCUUCGCAUACAUCUGCCAACGCCGCGGGUAAUCUUGCCCAGUGUAAUGCAGACAAAGGAAACAAGAAUGUCAGAGCCAUGGCAUACAUAUUG